AUGUCUUCCAUGAUCUUCGCUCCUGAGAGCAGGAUUCGAAUGUCCACCCAAGUGGAUGCUGACCUAACUGUGCUUGCUACAGGAAGUGAUCUCCUUUCUCUGGCCGCCUCGCAUGCAUUCGCCGGCGAUGGUGGAGCUUUCUCUUUGGUCGAUUCCUUACAAACUGCUUCAGUCAAUCCAUCGUUUCGAAUACUCUUCUCGAGUACUGCUGAUGGUAAAAAAGAAGACAACAAGGUUGUCCUGACCACCAUCUCUGGCGUAGCCGACGGACAGGCUGCGCAACACUAG